AUGUCAGCCAAACUGGUUGCAGCUGCCCUCAAAAACGGAAACUUCCAGUUAAGUGAAGAAGACCGCUGGAUUUACCAGGCUGUUUUGGAUCAGUAUCCUGGAGAUCUCUGUGGCAGAAGAACUCUGUAUCUGAACAUGUUACAAAGAUAUUUUCCUCACAAAUCCAGGCAUGAUUUGGUGGAACAUGAGAAAUAUUGUGAUCAAUAUCACUUUGCCAGGGAGCAGCGAAGGAUCCUGAUAUCAAAUUGGAAUGAGAACAGGAGAGACUUUAUCCAGAAGGCUGUGCUGACCCUUGCCGAGGCCUGUGCAGCACACGCAAUGGAGGACACAUUGGCUAAGGACAGGAGAAAGCAACAGGAACUGUGUGCUCAUCUGAAAGCCAAGGUUCUUCAAUGGCGAGCCCACCAGGAAGAGGUAGCAAGACUGGAAAUGGAAAUUUCUGCCAAGAGAAGAGAAAAGGAGAAGGAGAAAGAGAAGCUAUGGAAGGAGAAGGAAUUGUUACAAAGAGCAGAGAAGAAAAAGAAAGUAUGA